AAGCCUGUAGAUAUAUCCUCUGCAGCAGGAGAAGGUCUUCCAUUCCCGUUUGCUGACAUUCCUGCCCUAGUACACGACCACAGCUACCUUCCGGUCCGCUUCGAUGGUCUUGAGGACAACGCUCUCGUGUACAUUUCAGGAUUUGUAAAUAAGACGGGCUCUGAAGAAGCUGUCCUGUGCUGUCUGCCGUGCCAGCCUGGUGACAGGCGCUGCAUCUGGCAUCAAGGACCAGAGCUACCACCUGAAACAAUGGAGGCCUGGUGAUCCCAUCAGAGGGCACAGUGAGGGUCGUCACCAGGCCAGCAGAGUGGGUCAUUCGCCAGCCAUCAGCUAGUUUCAGGCGAUCGCAGCCCAUCAAACUGCUAGAGGUCUUGUCUUGUACAUUGUACGAAAGAGGAUCGGAUCAGAGGAUUGACGCUGGCCUGGGUUUCAGCGUUUUAGUAGCCCAUAUAUUGAUUUAACUUGAACAUGUGUGUAUUUAUUGCACCUAUCUGUUCUAUUUAAUGUUAAUUUCAUAUGAAAACCCAUGGUUAUAAUUACAUAAAUACAUCUCUGUACAGGGUGGGGAUUUCAACAUGCAGCCUUUCUUGAUGUUUUAGAACCUAACAAUUAUGCCUAAGUAUUGGCAUAAUACAUCUCUGACGUUUAUAAUAAAGCAAACCGUUUGAAAAUCGGUUGAAAAUUGAACAAGUUAUGGUUAUUUAGAUGGUACAUGUACCACUACCAGCACAAUGUUAUGGUUGAGCAGCUGACUGUGGCAAGAUGGCCGCCAGUGCGGACGUUGGACUCCAUUGGCCAGCAGCGUGGACGAGACAUCUGUUCUAUAUUUAUCUGAGAACCACGGUAUGGACUUUAGGGGUGUGUGUUCCAGACGGAAGCAAGCGACAUACGCACUUCGUCAAUUCAUUUUUUAUAUUUGUACUAUUUCAAGUCAGUACCAUAGACUUAAACGUGGCUGCAUAACAACACAUGUGCGUUUUCUUACGGAACAAUCUAUAAACUUGCCAGGAGGCCAGAAUGGCAGACUGCCGACGUGGACUUCCCGCCUAACGCCCCGGCCCCCUCUAAGAUGGCGUCCAUCCCAGAGUGUGCCAUCUGCCUGCAGAGCUGCGUGCACCCCGUGUGCCUCCCGUGCCGCCAUGUCUUCUGCUUCCUGUGCAUGAAGGGCGCCUCGUGGCAGAGCAAGCGCUGUGCCCUCUGUCGACAGGAGGUGCCUGAGGACUUCCUGGAGAGGCCCAAGCUGCUCUCGCCGGAGGCGUUGCGGGCGGCGGCGGGGGGGGGGGCCGACGGAGGGGACCACGCCUGGUACUACGGGGGGAGCGGGGGGUGGUGGCAGUACGACGAGCGCACCAGCCGUGAGCUUGAGGACGCCUCCGCCAAGGGCCUGACCAGCGCGGAGAUGCUGAUCGCGGGCACCCUGUACGUGGCCGACCUGGAGAACAUGGUCCAGUACCGGCGGAACCAGCCCGCCCGGCGCCGCCGCAUGAAGCGGGACGCCGCGGGGGUCCCGAAGAAAGGGGUGGCAGGGCUGAGGCUGGAGCCCGAGGUCGACGCGGCCGCCGACCCCGUCGUCGGCCCGCCUUUAGCGGCGGUGGUGCCUUUAGCGGCGGUGGUACCCUCCGCGGCGGUGGUACCCUCCGCGGCGGUGGUACCCUCCGCGGCGGUGGUACCCUCCGCGGCGGUGGUACCCUCCGCGGCGGUGGUACCCUCCGCGGCGGCACCGGAGCGCAUCAGCUCGGCGGACGGCGCCGACGCAGACGGUGCCCCGGGCCGGGCGCAGUCUCCUUCCGGCGUCGGGGCGCUGCCCUCCGUCCUCCCACUCAGACCUCGCACGAUCCUCGGCGGCCACGUGGCCCGGCCUCCCUCGCCCGCGUCGUCACCGUCCCUGGAAGAGGCCCUCUCCCAGCUGGGGCUCAGCCAGGGGCCCGCGGGGGAAGGAGGCGGGGCAUCUGUGGACGGAGGCCUGUCGUACGAGUGCGGGUCUGGCAGCAGUGAGGGGGAGGGGGACGAGCCAGGGCCGGCCGCCGCCGCGCCGCCGCGGCAGAGGGGCGUUCCGUUGGCACGGCGACUCAGGGAGACUCGGCCAGACAGAACGCCGCCGGGAGGCGGGCCCAGCGGCUUGACCCGGGGGGGCCGAGGCCACACCCCCGACGUACAGUGCACUGGGGCCCAGGUGUGACCGGGAUGAGGAGAAUCGUUGGCGUCAUUUAUGGAACCAGUCACUGCUCGUGCGGUUCAGUUGAUUCAGAUCAGUGAACGUUGUCGAUCGAAGGCGACUCUCAUGUUCUUUGAGAAGUGAGCCAACUCUUUGCUUUGUGACCUGCAGCCGUAUGCCUGCUGUACCUUCUACUGCUGAUCCUCAAGAACAAAAAACUGUUAUCUAUUUCUCACUGAAUUUACAGAAGAUUGUGUCUGUCGUGAAGAUAAGGAAAAUAAUUUGCACCUACUUUUUCUCCAGGGCUUUAGGGAAGAGGCUUAAUGGAGUUCGAUAACAUUAGGAGAUAGUUCCCUCUUUUAUGAUGAUUUUGUUUAACCGCUUAAAUUGUGAAUUGUAGCACUUUAUAUGCAAUCGGUUAGGACUUUAACUGCCGUAGGUUAUUCUUUAGUAAUAUUGACAGGGAACCAAAACCCAAUUAACGUGUGUGUGUGUGUGUGUGUGUGUGUGUGUGUGUGUGUGUGUGUGUGUGUGUGUGUGUGUGUGUGUGUGUGUGUGUGUGUGUGUGUGUGUGUGUGUGUGUGUGUGUGUGUGUGUGUGCGUGCGUGCGUGUUUGGCUCUAUUUAAAUCGCUGUGCAACGGUUGUUAUAUUAAUAUUGUGUUUGUGUUGUGAGCGGGGUUAGGGUGAUGAAACGUAACUGGCACCGCCACUGGAAAGUAUCCGGACACAUUUAGAAUGUUCCAUUUGGACUUCUCUUCCUCACCCACAACAGACGUACUUUAUCAAAAUACUAUCAAAACAGGGGGGUUUACAUGUACCACACGUACUUGCGGUAUAGGAUCAGUAGCAACUCUUGGAGACACCCAUUUUCUGACCAUCACGUUGGAGUCGCCUAAGCAAUAGAUUGGAUACACCAAUCCUUCUGUUGAUUUCCAAAAGCUAUUGAUUCAUUCCUACUUCAUCCAAUAUUGGGUAUGCAAUUACUUUAGGGUGCAUUUGUGUGAUCUGUGAUCUUUACUUUUUUUUAAAUAAUAGGUAUUAUCUCCAAAAAGUAAUACUACUCAACCUUUAAUGCAUUUUUCAACGUGCCAUGACAUUGAUUCAUUAAAUAGGCCUAUAUGGGGUCUGUCCAAAGGAUGGCGCUAUUGUAUCAACAUUUUCUUCCGUCUGCACAGAGAAAAGUUAUUUGAUCUUAAAGGAUUGGGAAAAUGUAAACAGCCAAUGUUUUUGUUUUAAAUUAGUUUGAUAGAGGUAUCACUUAUUGAACAACUGAUGCAAUUGUAUGGUGAAUAAUGUUAGAAAAACAUCCACAAUAACUUAAGAUAGAGAUAUGGUUCUAAGAUAGAUACAUGGUUUUCUCCAAUAAUCUGUCCACCUAUCAGAUAAAAUGUGGAUGAAGGAAAACUGGAUUAAUCAACCCAGAAUAUGAAUAUUAAAUACCUGUGUCUGUUUAAUACUAUUCUUACUGAUUAUUUUUCUGUUCAUAAAACAGUUUAAUCAGGAUAACAGUAUUGUACUACGUUAGACAACAAUACUUAUACCACGGUCUGCGGGAAUACUCGAUUCUGAUUGGAUGCAGGGUGUGCAUUAACUCCUGAUAUACGGACACCUGGACAAGUAGUUCCGUCAAAUUGUCUGUUUACCGUUCUCAAUUAAUGCGCUAGCUGGCGUAUCGUCUCUAAAAUAGUAGUAACCAUAGCAACGGGAAACAAAACAAAGCUCAGCGGACUAUAAUACCUCCCGCUACCUCCCGUUCUAAAGUCGUAGCUAUGGUCCGUCCUAAUUACUGGAGGAGUGAACAACGUUUCCGUUGCAUGAGAACCCAACGGGCGUGUAAUGGUGGUUCCGGGUAUUAGUCGGACCCUCAGGCGUAACCAGGGAAACAAAUGUAUGUUUUGUGGAAAACUUUAUAUUCAGAUUGUAAAACGCAUGAAAAUAUAAAUUAAUGGUCUUAAUUUGGUCACCGUUGGUAAGUGACCGUGGUAUAAGCGGGAUAAUGCCCUUCGCGUCGGACGGUUCACGCCUCCACGUCGUCCAUUAAUUCCUGAUAAUGGACACCUCGUCGGGCAUUAUCCCUUACAUAUAAAUUAUGUACUUUACCAAUACACAGGCUUACAUGAGGCAAUUUCGUGUGGCAUAAGCCAGGGUAAAAACCUACAGAUGUGCCUUAUGUUUAUAUGAAGGCUGUAGUAGUAGUAGUCUGCAUGGCAGCCCAACAAGAUUAUACAAACACUGCACUAUUCAUCCCCUGCCUACUGGAGACUAGUGUGAGGGGAGCAGUAGAAUAGUGCCCUUCAUUCACUGCCUUUCUUGAAUUAGUCAGUUUGCUGUUUAUCUGUGUUUAUUUGUUGUUUGAUCUAAACCCUAUUUAGCCAGGAAAGGCUUUUCUUUUUUUUCUUUUUUUUUUGCUCUCCCAAAUAAUCCCAAUACCUGGUUGUUUCAAUAAUGAUCAUAGUUCGACUAUAAGCCUGUUAUGAUUGGCCGUAAUCGCUGAUUAUGGCGUUGUUUUGAAUGUUUUGUUAGAUUUGGCACUAUUCUUUCAGAGAAAAUAAAGACAAUUCCACGUCCA